AUGAGCGAGCCGAUACAGACGAGAACGACAGAGACGACUGAUUCCACCUCUGCGCCGGCUUCGACGGAAGCGCCCGAGACCGCGCGCGACGGCAAGGGCUACAUCGACGAGGUCGCUCCCGAGGAGGCGGACCCUGUCGCCGAAGUCGAGGCGGCGGAGGCGCUGAGCGACGAUGGGUCAAGCGUGACCGAGGAGUCUGAUGCUGGCUCAGACUUCCGCUUCCGGGACGAGGACGAGUACAAGUCCGGUCUCGUGGGCUCGGACGACGAGUCCGACCACAUGGAGUGGGGCGUCGAGGACGAGGACUGGGAACUUGCCGACGGCGACUUCACAAAACAGUACAACCGUGUGCGACAGUCUUACGCCGCCAGCUCGUCGACGCAGGCAGAGCUGCCUCUACCUGCGCGAAAUGCAGCGGCCGCCAAGCGCCGUAUGCAGGGCACGCCGAACAAGAGUGCGCUGAAUGCGAGCAAGACGGUCGUCGACCCCGCUGUUCUCGCCGGUGUCGCUGCGAACCCGAAGAGUGCCUCCGAACGUGCCAACCAGAAGGACAAGGCGGACCGCGCCACGCAUGAGCAGGUGCUCGACGCGCGCACGCGCCUCGUGCUUUCCUCGCUCGUGAACAGGGGCUACUUUGGACAGAUCAACGGAUGUGUCUCGACCGGAAAGGAGGCGAACGUGUACCUCGCGUACGCGUCCGAGUUUGAUCUGCCUGCGAACACGCCGAGGCCGUACCCCGAGCGCAUUGCUGUCAAGAUCUACCGCACGUCUAUCCUGAACUUCCGCUCGAGACAAAACUACAUCGUCGGAGACUUCCGUCUGCAGGGCGGCUACGCCAAGGCGAAGAAUCCUCGCAAGAUGGUAAAACUCUGGGCCGAGAAGGAGCUGCGUAAUCUGAAGCGACUUAGGGCUGGCGGCGUCCGAUGCCCCACCGUCAUUGAGCAGCGCGAGAACGUCCUCGUAAUGGAGUACCUUGGAAAUGGCGACGAGGCUUCGCCGCGUCUCAAGGACGCUGAGAUCACGAGCAUCUCAAGGCUCUCACGGCUAUACGGCGAGCUGCUGAUCGCUAUGCGGCGACUUUACCAGACGUGUCACCUCGUGCACGCCGACUUGUCCGAGUACAACAUUCUCUACCACAACAACCACCUGUACAUCAUCGAUGUGUCGCAGAGUGUCGAGCACGAGCACCCUAGUGCGUUCGAUUUCCUGCGUCUCGACAUCAAGAACGUUGAGGACUUCUUCCACAAGAAGGCGAACGGAGCCGUGCGCACCCUCGGCCUUCGCCGGACGUGGAAUUUUAUCACACAGGAGGAGAUUCCUGGCAUCACCCCCACGGAGGAAAAAGACGAGAAGCACCUCGACGAGGCCGAGGCGAAGCUGCUCGACAUUCUCAAGGACUGGCUGGACGAGGAGGACGAGCCGGACGCCGAGGAGCCGGAAGCUUCCACUGCGGAGACCAAGGACGGAGACGCCGCUGAGGGAAGCGCAGCUGCUGCCGAGGGAUCUGAGCCGCCGAAACCCAAGAAGAAGACAAAGGCCGAGAAACAGGUCGACGACAACGUCUUCUUCUCCAGUUACAUCCCGCGAACGCUUGGAGAGGUCCUCGACCCGGAACGCGACAUCGACAUCCUGAAGCAGGGAGGAGGCGACCAGCUCAUCUACGCCGACAUUGCCAAACUCGACCUGAACGCGGCCAAGUCCCAGGAGACAGCACAGGUCACGGAGGAGUCGGAGGCUCAGCCGGAAGCUGCUGGAGAGGCGACUGAACCCACCGAGGGUGACGCGCCGGCUGACAGCCCAAGCAAGAAGAAGAGCGUCCGGUGGGAGGAUGAGGAGAACGAGGAGGAAGAGGGGGAGCCUGCCGAGGAAGAGUUCGAGAAGAAGCCGCGAGGUUUCCGACACGAGGACAAGGAUGCCAAGCGGGAGCGCAAGAAGGCGCUGAAGGAGGAGAUGCGUGAGAAGCGCAAGAACAAGAUGCCCAAGGCUGAGAAGCAGCGGCUCAUCAAGAAGAGCGGCGGGCGAUGA